AUGUUCGGUGUGAUAUCAAAAAUUCGAUAUUUCUCAUCUAUGGUCCUGCCAGCACCAAAUAUCAAUCCGCCAAUUUUAUAUACAGGUAUUUUCAUCAAUAAUGAGUGGCACAAAUCCAAGGAUAAGAAAACGUUUCCUACUUUUAAUCCCACUACGGGCAAAGCGAUAGCUGAAGUACAAGAGAGCGACAGUACAGAUAUCGAUGCAGCGGUACAGGCUGCUUCAAAAGCUUUCAAAUUAGGUUCCCCGUGGAGAACCAUGGAUGCUUCUCAAAGAGGAACUCUUUUGCACAGAUUGGCUGAUUUAAUGGAACGUGAUCGUAUAUACCUUGCGUCUUUGGAAACCUUUAAUAAUGGCAAGCCUUAUUCAACUGCAUGCGACUUCGACGUGACUGCUAGUAUUAAGACAUUGAGAUAUUACGCUGGAUGGGCUGAUAAAUACCACGGAAAAGUUAUACCGGCGGACGGGAACAUCUUUGCAUAUACUAGACACGAGCCAGUAGGAGUGUGCGGUCAAAUUAUUCCGUGGAAUUUUCCAAUAUUGAUGAUGGCUUGGAAAUUAGGACCGGCUUUAGCUACAGGGAACGUUGUCGUUCUGAAACCUGCGGAACAAACUCCGUUAACGGCACUUUACAUCGCACAAUUGACGAAGGAAGCCGGAUUUCCCAGUGGAGUAGUUAAUGUUGUUCCUGGUUACGGUAAAGCUGGUGCCGCAUUAGUAACUCAUGAUAAAGUCAACAAAAUUGCAUUUACGGGCUCCACGGAAGUCGGGAAAUUGGUGCAACAAAAUACUGCGAAUAAUUUAAAGAGAAUCACACUGGAGUUAGGCGGAAAAUCGCCUAAUAUCAUUUUGAAAGAUGCCGAUUUAGAUUAUGCGGUAGAAAGAGCACACUUCGGAUUGUUUUUCAACAUGGGUCAAUGCUGUUGCGCAGGAUCUAGAACUUUCGUUCAGGAUAGUAUUUACGACGAGUUCGUAGAAAAGAGCGUGCGUCGCGCGAAACUUAAGAACGUGGGGGAUCCGUUUGAUUUGAAAACGGAACAAGGUCCUCAGAUCGACCAGGAACAAUUAAAUAAAAUUAUGUCUAUGAUAGACUCUGGUAAGAACGAAGGUGCCACCUUGGUAUCAGGUGGAGAACGUAUCGGCAAUGAAGGAUAUUUUGUGGCGCCAACAGUAUUUGCGGAUGUCCAAGACGAGAUGACUAUAGCUAAAGAAGAAAUAUUCGGUCCUGUUCAGCAAAUCUUGAAGUUCAGCGAUUUGGAUGAAGUCAUUGAACGUGCUAAUAAUACCGAUUAUGGAUUAGCCGCUGCAAUCUUCACAAAAGAUAUCGAUAAAGCGAAUUAUUUAGUACAAAGUCUUCGUGCUGGUACCGUAUGGGUCAAUACAUAUAAUGUUUUGGCACCUCAAGUAUCAUUUGGCGGCUACAAAAUGUCCGGGCACGGCAGAGAACUCGGAGAAUACGGUCUUGAAGCAUACACAGAAAUAAAAAGCGUAAUUGUCAAAACAAAUAAUAAAAAUACAUGAGGUAUCUUCUUGAUGCAUAAUUAUGCAUAAAUACUUUUAUACAUAAUAUACAUACACAAUAUACACAAAUAAUAAUUAUAUAUAACCACUUCUUAUUUUAAUAUAAAUUAAUAUCAUAAUAAAUAUGAAUAUUAUUUGUAUAAGUUUAACAUACAGUUAAUAAAGAACGAUUUUGCAAUA